AUGCUCCGCCAAAGUCUUCGAAGGGGCUGGACUUCGCCAAAGAGACAGGCAUCUUCUGCGGCCGAAGCAGCACUGAGACGGCUUCUGCGAGACGCAAGAACAGCUCGCCUUCCACUGGACGAUUUUUCGUUUCAGGCAGGCGUGGCCUCGCGGUGGCAGCUUUCGCUGGCAGUUCUGGACAAAGCAUCCAGAAGCAACAGUCAGGUGCCUGCAUCAGUUGUUGGCGCCGCCCUGGCAGACUGUGAGCACGCGCGGCGAUGGAAGGAGGUGUUUCUUGCUUUGCGCAGCAUUCGUGCCACCAUCCGGCCGAGUGGGCCGAGCCUUCUCGCAUAUAACACCGCCAUCUUUGCAUGUCAGUCUCACAAGAACUGGGAACUGGUGGCUCAGAUUCUCCUCGAGAUGCGACACCAGCUGUGUCAGCCCGAUGCGCAGACCUGCAGCGGAGCCAUCGUUGCUUGCGGCCGGCGCUGGCAGCAAGCGCUUGCAUUCAAUGCACAUUUGCAGCUGGCCGGGGUUAAGCCGAACGCCAUUACAACAUCUGCCCUCAUCAGCUCCUGUGCACGAGCCAGUCGCUGGCAGUUAUCCCUUGCUUUCGCUGAAGACGACAGAUCGAGCACGGCUGUCUUCAACGCGGCCAUGACUGCUUGCGCUAAAAGUUCAAAGUGGCCCGCGGCACUUCUGUUGCUGCGCAGGAUUUCCUCACUUCAGCUUCUACCUGACUUAUUCAGCUUUAAUGUGGCCAUUCAUGGAUGCGAAGUCGGUGGUGCCUGGGUCGCUGCUUUGCAGCUCUUGGAGGAGAUAGCCUGCAUGAUCCUUCAGCCGGACCUUGUCAGCAUCAAUUCCUGCAUCAGUGCUUGCUCGGAGGGCCUGCGAUGGGCGGCUGCAGUGCACCUCUUCGGCCAGAUGGCAGACAGACAGGUACAGCCAGAUCUGGUGAGCUACAACGCGGCGAUGUCUGCUGUUGGACGGGGGCAACUGUGGCACACUGCGCUUCAACUUCUGCAGGCGCUGCCUUGCAAGCCGAACAUGAUCUCCUUCAACACGGCAAUGGCAGCGUGCGAGCGAGGAAGACACUGGAAGCACGUACUUGCCCUUCUGGAAAAGCUGGGAGACAACAGGAUGACGCCCGACAUGCACACUUGGACUUCGUUGGUUGCAAGCUUCUCUCGGGCGAGCGACUGGGUGAAGGCGCAGAGCAUCUUAAAUGAGAUCCGUCUCCAAGAUCUGCACCCAGAUUUGGUGAUAUUGGGCGCCACUGCAACUGCUUUCCAACGUGGACACCAGUGGAUGCUGGCUUUGAGUCUUUUGCCGGAGACGCACAAACUGCAAAUUGUACCUGAUGAGCGGCUAUGCGGUUCAGUUGUCACAGCUUGUGCAGCAUCGCAAGCUUGGCAGGCUGCGUUGUCGUGCCUUAUGGAGUUCCCGAAGAGGAAUCUGCAGCCCACCUCCACGAGCAGUUCGCCAGUCUUGAUUGCUCUCCUGGACGUGCAGCAGUGGCUGAUGGCCUUACACUUGUUCGACCGUUUGCAACAUGUAGUCGCCAUGGACUCCCAAGCUUACGGCCGGCUCCUGCUUGUGUGCGAGCAACAUCGACUCACGGAUUGGCAACAUCGGCUACUACAGAGUUUGGCCUCUCCUCGUGGUCCUGCUCGCCAUACUCCAGGCAGAGAGAGUCUCGCAGCAGCAGUCGCAGCACAAUCCGCCGGUCUGGACAUGGUUCCCCAGGUUUCGAAAGAGUCGGCGGCAGCUCCUGCGAGCAUCCCGCGUUCUCACUCGUGGACACCUUAUGUCAAGGAGAUUCGCCUGAUGGAGCACAUUUUGCGUCAUGCUGAGCGCAGCAAUCCCCGUUCGGUGUGCAACGAAGUGGAAAGCUUUGGUCGGCGCGUUUCAGGCAGCUCCAAGACGUGGCUGAAGGUUGCUGGAGGAGAAAAGUCUGAGGUUCUUUGGGCGGCUGCUCAGCAUGCAAGGAGUUCUCUGGUGCUGGAAAUCGGCACGUAUUGUGGCGGCUCCUCCAUUCGCAUUGCCACGGCAAGUCCCAACAUCCGAGUAGUGACGUUGGAGGCAGAUCCUGUCCACGCAGUGAUCGCUCGAACGGUGAUCGCCUUUGCGGGCUUGUCAUCUCGGGUCCACGUCUGGACAGGGCAUAGCCGCGAACUGCUCCCCUACAUGCAAGGCAAGUACGGAGGAGCUCAUUGUGGCUUCGGUUUGGUUUUCAUGGAUCAGCGGGGCUCCCGCUACCAGGAGGACCUCGCCAUGUUGGAGAGACUUGCUCUCGUCCGGCCUGGAGCGAUCAUUGUUGCAGACAAUGUUCUGAAGCCGGGUGCUCCACUGUUCCUGUGGCAGCUCUGCAAAUCGGCAAAGUACGAGACGCAGGUGGUCCGUGUCUCGGAGUUUGCAAUGCCUGUCGAGGACUGGAUGUCGGUGAGUCGAGUCGGCAGCAAGCACUCGAUGUGCUCGUGCGACAGCCGAGCCUGCCCGCCAGCCGCGCUGGUGGACUUGAACCAGGCCGCCGACGCGAUGCGGCGCAAGGCACAGACGCUUGGAGGUGUAAGUUUCUCGGAAUGGGCGGACUUCGGUACGCGGAUGCGCGAGGGCCUGCGCCAGUGCGGCAUCAUGUCAACGACCGAUGCGAACGGCCUGCGCAAGUUCAUGGGGCAGCACUGGAGUGGCACCAACACCAGGAAUGUCGACUCCGUUGCAGGAAGAGACGCGAAGUGCACAUCAGAAAGUGUAGUGUCGUGUGCAGCCAUAGUCGCCAGCUAUCAAACAUAA